AGUCUAAACAUCUGGCUGACUGUGCGAUCAACAAUAAUAAUAAUAUGCUGUUUUCUAGUUUUACAAAGCCAAAACAGGGGUGUUGCAUGGUAGUUGAGAGGGGGAAAAAAUUAAGAACAGUUUGCUGUCUGCCAGCUUGUCAGUAGGCUCUUGGCAACAUGUUGUCAAGAUGUAAAUGUUCCAAAUUGAAUAUUCCCUUUACUAUAGAUAUGUUCUUUAAUAUGAAUUUUAUAUUACAGUAGAUUAUAUUCUUGGUGUGUAAUAAACACAGGUACGAACAAGAUCUGUUGGAGAGUGUGUAGCAUUUUACUACAUGUGGAAAAAGUCAGAACGAUAUGACUUCUUUGCUCAGCAGACACGAUUUGGUAAAAAGAAGUACAAUCUGCAUCCUGGUGUAACGGACUACAUGGAUCGUCUUUUAGAUGAAAGUGAAAGCGCUGCAUCCAGCAGAGCUCCUAGUCCUCCUCCUACAACUUCCAACAGCAGCACCAGCCAUUCAGAAAGAGAGGACAGCACAACCAGCAAUAGUAAUCAAAAUGGUGUAUCUACUAAUGGGCCAAGUGAAUUAUCAAAUAAAGAUGACAUGAAAAUUGAAGGACUGCAUCUAAAUGGACCAACACCUGGCAAAAAAAUGCAUCUUGUAGAUUUUGAUACAAAUGGUUAUGAACCUGAAAACCUUUCCAAUCAUUCUAAACUUCCUCAUUCAAAUACAAGGAAUGAUCUUGAAGACAAAAAUGAAAGGCCUGUGAAAAGGAGAAGAAUCAACAGCAAUGACAAAGAAUGCACAGGUUCCUCUGAAAUUUUCCAAGAAGCAGUAGCCCAUGGAAAUUUUGAAGAACAAGAGACUGUGGGUGAUUGAACAUGUUGCAUUCAAAUAAUUUUUGGGGAUGUCUGCAUUUUCAGGGUUAACAGGUUCUCUUUACAGUUUCAAAUCCCAUAAUAUAAUUUAUGGAGAUUUUGAAAUGUAUUUUAGUUGCUUUCUAAUCCUAGCUGAGGUUACAGUAUACCUUUUAAAAUCCUGAAAUGCAGAUGCAGUGGGUGGGAGAAUUUUCUAUCAGAGAGCCAGUUGCUAUAGAACCGGUUGAGAGGUUUUUUGUUUUUUAUUUUUUUUUAAAGGCAGAUUUCUGCAGAUUACUUCAGGGCACUAACCUGUUAUGUAAAAUAUACUUUGGAAAAUAGUCAGCUUAAAAUUCCUAAGCAGAAUUGAUAAAACAGAAGUGAAGAAAGAAGCAAUAUUAAACAGUUUAAGGAAUGCCUGUAAAUCCUGAAAGUUGCAUGAGAAUUCAUUCAUGUAUGUGUGUAUAUAUAUGUGUGUGUAUGUGCGCGUGUAUGUAUGUAUAUGUCUGUGUGUG